AUAAAUCACCGAUAAGAUUUUCAUGUUAUUUUCAAAGUGACUUCACAAAAAAAAUUGCUUUACUUCUCAGAAAUGUCAGUUUAUUUAAAUAAAAAGUCUAUAAAGAUUACUCGAGUUCAGCGCUCGCGGUCGGAAAAUAGACAUAUAAAUUUCUGUACAGACUUCGAUAACUCAAUUGUGAUAAAUAACUUUGUGAGAAGGGGCUGGGAACAAGUGACGCCGAAUAACAAUUGGAACAUAUAUUGGUCCAACUCAAUCAACUGUCGCAAUAUAUUUAACAUGGACAACGGUAGCCGUCUCAACGAUAAUCAAUUGAUCAACCAUUUUCCUAAUCAUUACGAGUUAGUUCGCAAAGACUUGUUAGUCCGAAACAUUAAACGGUACAGGAAAGAACUGGAAAAAGAAUGCAACCCACUCGCGAAGAGAACAGAAUUCAAACUACCGAAUGGACAAACUAUUAACCAAUAUUUGUAUCUCAAUUUUAUACCUGUGACUUACGUGUUGCCGUCAGAUUACAAUAUGUUCGUUGAGGAGUUCCGGAGAUUUCCACAGAGCACUUGGAUCCUGAAACCUUGCGGAAAAUCCCAAGGGGCCGGCAUUUUUCUUAUAAACAAGCUGUCGAAACUUAAGAAAUGGUCUCGCGAAUCGAAAAAAUAUUUGCAACAUCAACUCACCAGUAGAGACACGUACGUUAUAUCGCGAUACAUUGAUAAUCCCCUUUUGAUCGGAGGAAAGAAAUUCGAUUUGAGGAUUUACGUCCUUGUUACUUCAUUCCGACCUUUAAAGGCUUACAUGUUUCGACAAGGGUUUUGUAGAUUUUGCACUAUGAAAUACGACACGAGCGUAACCGAGCUCGAUAACAUGUAUGUGCACUUGACGAAUGUAAGCGUGCAAAAACACGGCGAGGAUUAUAACAGUCAUCACGGCGGGAAGUUGGAUAUUAACAAUUUAAAGCUUUACCUGGAAGGGACGCGGGGUGGAGCUGUAACCCGGCAGCUUUUUGAAGAAAUACAAUGGUUGAUUAUUCAUUCUUUGAAAGCUGUUGCACAAAUUAUAGUCAAUGAUCGACACUGUUUCGAGUGUUACGGCUAUGAUAUAAUUAUCGACGAUAAUCUAAAGCCAUGGCUUAUUGAGGUUAACGCGUCUCCUUCGAUGACAGCUACGUCAGUGAAAGAUAGAAUUAUGAAAAAUAAAUUAAUAGAUAAUCUAUUGUCAGUGGUUUUACCUCCGGAUGGUAUUCCAGAUACUCGGUGGAACAAAACUCCAAUGGCAGAGGCUUUGGGAGAUUUUCAAGUGCUUAUUGAUGAAGAUAUUAUGUAUAGGGAAGACAUUGAUCUUCAAAAGGAAAGUAAAGCUUAUGUACGACAUAAAAUCAAGUGACUCUUAUUUCUACCUAACUUUACCUAAGAUUUUCCUACUUAUCAAAUAAAUAUUAAAGUAUUCAAAUCAC